AUGUCGAAUAAACCAAUCUAUGUGGCCGCCCACCCGCGUGCAUGCUCUACUGCCUUUGAGCGGGUCUUCAUGACUCAACGUGCCACUAUUCAGUGCGUCCACGAGCCAUUCGGUGACGCCUGGUACUACGGUCCGGAGCGUCUGGCUGACCGCUUCGAAAAUGACGAACAAGGCCGUCUAGACAGUGGAUUCAGCGAAUCGACAUAUCGUACUGUGAUGGAUAGGCUGGAACGUGAAGGCACCGAGGGAAAACGAGUCUUCAUCAAAGAUAUUGACGCUUACCUGCUCCCGCCAGGUGGCAAGCCAGCAAGCAUUGCCCCCUCACUGCGACGCAUCAAGCGUGGUGUGGGCACCACCAACGGUGAUCAUCCCCAGGCCAACGGUGUAUCCCACACCAACGGCCACUCUGCCGUCAAUGGUACAAAUGGUACCUCGAACGGCACGGCGAAUGGCGCGAUCAACGGCCACGCCAACGGACACGGUGAGACGAACGGUGCCGUGAACGGUAACGAGACAGUUAAGAAGACUCCCUAUCCGUAUGAUACUCCCAAGGAGCCUGGUAACCCCACGGUGAUGCCCCGUGAAAUCCAAGAGCGCUUCCACUGGGCCUUCCUCAUCCGGGACCCGCAUCACAGUAUCCCCUCAUACUACCGGUGCACGAUCCCGCCCCUGGACAAGCUGACAGGCUUCCACAACUUUGACCCCAAGGAAGCCGGGUACAACGAGCUGCGUCGUCACUUUGAGUAUCUGCGCCGAGAGGGACUAGUUGGUCCUCGUGUCGCUAUGCGGCCGGAUCUUUCGCCUGAGGCUGGUUCCGAGGCGGAUAUGGAGACUGUCCAUGAGAUCUGUGUGGUUGAUGCAGAUGAUAUGCUCGAUGCGCCGGCGCCGACUAUUGAAGCCUUCUGUCGUAGUACUGGUGUUCCGUAUACGCCUUCCAUGCUGGAGUGGGAGACGGAGGAAGACUAUGCCUUUGCCUGUGAGGCCUUUGAGAAGUGGCGUGGGUUCCAUAAUGAUGCCAUCGAGUCAAAGGGAUUGACCGCGAGAGCUCAUAAACAUGCCCCCAAGACCGAGGAGCAGUGGGAUGCUGAGUGGUUGAAGAAGUAUGGCCCCGAGGGUGCCGCUCUCAUCCGUACAACUGUCGACCAGACUAUCGACGACUACCUGUACCUGAAGCAGUUUGCCAUGAAGGUCUAA